ACCUUUGUUGGUGUCGCAGAGCUCUGUAACAAGACGGGACGGACUGGUUUUACUCGGCACGACGAACAGAAAGCUCGCACGUUUGCGGUGUACUGCGCAACUAGCAUUUCACACUGUCUGCUCUAUCGAAAAGUGCAGGAGGCUCAACGCCGCUCGCAUAUGGCCGCUGAGCUGCUGGUGCAAGGAUCCCAGUUGCUUAUAUCUGAAGAAGAUGUCAAUCGACUCACGGACGAGCCCAUCAAAAGCUGGAGGUUUUGGAGUCCCCAUUUUGAUCGCUUCUACUUUUCACCACGUUCUAUCGGUGACGGCGACGCUUACAUUGCGGCUUCAAUGACAAUGUUCGAAGAUCUUGGAUUUACUGCCAGGUAUAGCAUGAACAAACGAAAGUUAGCUUCAUUUCUUUUACGGGUCGCCAAAGGAUAUCGCGAGGUACCGUACCAUAAUUGGUCACACGCGUUCUCGGUGGCGCAUUUCUGUUGGAUCAGUCUGCGAACUCCUGCAGUGCUGCAUGGGCUCGAUGAAUUGGAACGGUUAGCGCUGUUGAUCGCAUGCCUUUGUCACGACAUUGAUCAUCGGGGCACGACGAAUGCAUUUCAGUUGCACAGUGAGGGUAGUGUGUUGGAAAGGCAUCAUUACGCUCAGACAGUGCAGAUUCUAAAGAUGUCCGAGUGUAAUAUUCUGGAUCAGCUGACGCGAACGCAGUACCAAACGGUGCUGAGUCAUAUCCGAGACGUGAUCCUUGCCACGGAUAUCGCAGUACAUCUAGGCAGUCGACGGAUUCAGGCAAUGGGAAACGUUGAACGGGAAAACAUCUACCGCGAGUUCUUUUCACAAGGUGAUCUUGAAAAGCAGAUGGGUGCUAGUCCAAUGGAAAUGAUGGAUCGGGAUCGUGCCGCUGUACCCAAGAUCCAGCUUGACUUCAUGGAUACGGUUGCGCUGCCUGUAUUC